UUACCGCUUGUUCUUUAGAAAAUGGCGGAGCUUCGGUUUCGUAGCGUUGAUUGCUACUAUCUUGUUUUAUUCAAAUUAAUAAACAAUUAAAUUAGUGUUAAUGUUAAGUUAGUUUAAUUAGUUAAGAUGGAGUCUAUUUCAAACGAAGGCAUGUGUCGGUGUUGUGCAUCGGAAGGUACUUUUAAAGACUUUCUUACGACGUACCAUUGGAUGGGCGAAGAAGAAAUUUAUGCCGAUAUGCUAAGAGAUUGUUUUGCGAUUACAUUAUACACAUCCGAUGACUUUAACAAUGGAGGUAUAUGCGAGGUGUGUAUCACACAGCUCCGAAACGCUUGCAACUUCAAGCGGCAGGUGCAGCAGACAGAGGAGCAGUUUAAAAAGAGAGUCCAGAACAGUGUACUUAAAUCGAGCGUUAUAAAACUGGAGAUGGCUGGCGUUGACGACGGCGAACAUUCCGAUACAAAUUUAUCCGACGAAUUUUCUGUUACGGAAUUCGAAGUACCGAUAAAAGAGGAGAAGGUCGAAGAGAAACCGAAGAAACGUCAAGCGGCCAAACCGUCGACGUCGAGAGCGAAGAAGGCGAAGACCGAGGACGGCGAACCUUCAGCUAAACGUGUCGAGGUUGAAACAAGCUUUGUUGAAAUAACGAUCAAACAGGAACCGACAUCUGAUUCGGAAGAACAAGAGACAAAACUCGAAACGGUAGUUAAAAUAGAAAAAUUAUCUGAUGAAAAUGGAUCGAAAAAGGUAAUAAAAGAUCCCAAAAAAAGCGCAGCCGACAAGAAAUCUAAGAAAGAUCAAAUUCUAGAAAUGGAAAAGCAUUUGAAAAAUAUUAGUACGAUUCUGUUACAUACUAACGCUACCCCGAUAAGAUACCACGAUGGUGCUAACUAUGUGUGUGCUCUAUGUCCAGAAACAUAUCCACUUCCGUCGGAAUUGAAAAUGCACGUUUUAGAGGAACACGACGAAAUAGACAAAUCAUCGUUCAUGGAAGGUCAUAGAUUGACUUCCUAUGUGGUCAAACUCGAUAUCACGAAUUUGCGCUGUUUAAUUUGCCACAGCGAAAUCGAAGGUUUUGACCCAAUAAAUCAUCUUCGCUCUGCACACGGCAAAGAAUUGCAUACCGAUAUACCAAAUCAUAUCUUACCCUUCAGAUUCGUUGGAAACGGCUUUGACUGCGUCCAAUGCCCAAAAUCCUUCGAACAUUUUAAACUUAUCCAAGAACAUAUGAGUGUACAUUAUGGUAAUUACAUAUGCGAAACUUGUAACGCCCCUUUUGUUAAUAAGAGAACAAUGCAAAAUCACGCGAACAGACACAAAAAGGGCGAUUUCCCAUGCAGUCAGUGUGCAAAAAUAUUCGAUACGAACAGAAAAAAGUUGAAUCAUGAGAAGUUUGUGCACGAUGGCGAUUAUAAGAGGAAAAAGUGUCCAUAUUGUCAGGAGAAGUUCACCAAUUAUGCUAAGAAACGAUCUCAUAUGGUUCAAGAACACGGCGCGGAACCUUUGUCUGUCAAGUGUGAGAUUUGCAAGAAAACUUUUAGUACGAGAGCUCGAUUAAGAGGUCACACCAGACGAGAUCAUAUGGAGUGCCAGCACGCCUGUACGGAUUGUGAAAUGAGGUUCUAUACCAAAUUGGAACUUGUUAAACAUAUGGUGAAGCACUCCCCAUUAAGGGAAUACCAGUGUGACAUAUGCCAGAAGGCGUAUGCAAGGAAACACACUCUCCGGGAACAUUUGAAGAUACACGCUAAUAUUAGGAAAUUUAAGUGCGAACUAUGUGAAUUUACAUUCGUGCAAAAGUGCAGUUGGAAAUCUCAUAUGCGUAAUAAACACAAGAUAAAAGUACCUUAAUGAGGUCUUUAAAUAUCGAAUGGUUUUUAUUGAUUAUCUUUAGGGUUUUGAAACUUUCAAAAUUAGUCAUUAAACGUGGUAUUGUUUAGGUGUAGAAUGUUUAGACGUAAGUAGCUAAGGGUUGAACAAACACCUUGCGACGUCUUGCC